UUUCCUGCUCUGCAGCCACCCCCCCGGGCUGCAGAUGCCAGCGGGGUCCCAGCCCUCCCGAAACGUGGGGAAGUUGGACCAGGAGGUGCUGGGAUUUGCUGCAGAAAAAAUGGGUAGGGAAUAAAAAGAGAAAAGAUCUCUCUGGCUGCUCCCUAGCAUGGAUGUCUCCCCCUUGAAGGAUGGGACUCUCGAGAAGCAUCCCAGGCUUGAAGGCAACAGCUCUGCCCCAGCCAGGACCACAGCUUCAGCUCAGUUUGUCCAACCAAGCCAUGGAAAAGCUGAGUUUGCCAGAGGAUUCAGGAGCAGUAAAUGCACCAGGGCAGUGAUGUGGGGCUGGGUGGGGCACAGGGUGAUUCAGCCAAACCCAACCAUUUCCAACAGCCACAGCCUCCAGCACCAGAAUCUGCUGCUCACAGCCUCAGAAAAAGAAAGGAACCUCCCAGGCACCCUCAUCACCCAAUGACCCAGGAGACUCAGCCGAGAUGGAGCCCAACGCAUCCUCGGGGAACUGCACUGCUCCCCAGAUGUCCUUCCAGUCCACCCUCUAUGCCACCACCUACACCCUCAUCUUCAUCCCCGGCCUCCUGGCCAACAGCACAGCCCUGUGGGUCCUGUGCCGCUUCCUCAGCAGGAAGAACAAAGCUGUCAUCUUCAUGAUCAACCUGGCCCUGGCCGACCUGGCUCACGUCCUCUCGCUGCCCCUACGGAUGUAUUACUACAUCAACCACACCUGGCCCUUUGGGACUUUCCUUUGCCAGGUCUGCUUCUACCUGAAAUAUCUCAACAUGUACGCCAGCAUCUGCUUCCUCACCUGCAUCAGUAUCCAGAGGUGCCUCUUCCUCCUCCAUCCCUUCAGGGCUAAGGGCUGGAAGCGGCGUUACGAGGCGGCCGUCAGCGGCGCCGUGUGGCUCUUUGUGGGGGCAGCCUGCUUGCCCUUGCUGGUGGUGAGGAGCCCAGCCCUGUCCAACAGCACAGACACCUGCUUCUCAGACCUGGGGGUCAAACAGCUGAGCCCCGGGGCCUCCAUCGCUCUGGUGACAGUGGCAGAGCUCUUUGGCUUCAUCAUCCCCUUCGGCAUCAUCGCCGGGUGCACGGGGCAGAUGUGGAGGUCCCUGCGGGAGGGUGCCCGGCAGCUGCAGAGCACGGGGGAGAAGCAGAAGGCUCUGCGGAUGGUGCUGAUGUGUGCAGCAGUUUUCUUCAUCUGCUUCACCCCCUACCACAUCAACUUCCCCUUCUUCAUGAUGGUGAUCGAGAACAUCACCCAGGACUGCACCUUGCACAGGAGCGCCCUCCGGUUCCAUCCCAUCUCCCUCUGCCUGGCCAGCCUCAACUGCUGCCUGGAUCCUCUCCUCUACUACUUCACGACCUCUGAGUUCCAGGACCAGCUGCUGCACCAUGGCUGUGCCACCCUGAGGGCACAUUUCAGGCGUGGCAGGACCAGCCUCUCUAUCUCUGACACCGACCCCGGCAUCCGGGUCAGGAGGAGGAGAAACCUUCCCCACCUCCAGUUCUGGUCUCUUCCCAAGUUCUUUGGUGGAAUAAAUCGCAUGGAAAUCCCUGCCAUGCCACCUGAUGAGCUCCUGCUGGAGUCCAUCUCUUGAAGCCCACGGGUGAAGAUUCUGUUAGGUCCCCAAAUACAUCUUGAACCACAGAAUCAUCUGGGUUGGAAAGGAGCUCUGGGAUCAUCAACUCCAACCUUUGAUCCACUCCUCCCGUGGUUCCCAUACCAUGGCACUCAGUGCCACAUUCAGU